AUGAACAUCCCUAAUUUUAAUCCAAUUCUCACUCUUUCAGCUGUUGCGCUGAAGGUGCACUCACGCUACACUAAACAUGAGGACGCGCGCACGCAGCUAUGUUCAGUACUAACAGAACUGACCACCACCGUUACAGAGCAGAAAGAAAACAUCAGAGCUUUAGAGACGCAACUGAGGGAACAACGGACGUUUAUCCUGGAUGAGAUGAAGAAGAAAAAUGAAGAAAUUUCAAAUCUUACUCUGAGUCAAGUGGAGUUGAUAAAGGAAAAUAGAGACAGAGAAAUAGCUUUUUCAGCUUCAAUGAGGGAAUCUGUCCAAGUAUAUAUUGGUCCUUUUACCACUGAAAUCACACUAACCUACAGGAACGUCUUCACAAACAUAGGGAACGCCUACAACCCAAUUACAGGUAUUUUCACAGCCCCACUGAAAGGAGCGUACAUGUUCAGAGUCUCUGUAUUGGGUCAUGCCCAAACUAUAUCAUCUGCCUCCAUUUAUAAGAAUGGAGAGUGUGUGGUAUUAGCAUAUGACGAUCAGCCUCAGGGUGUGUUAAACUCUUCAAAUGGAGUUGUGUUGAUCCUGGAGGUUGGAGAUGUUGUCUAUGUGAGACUUUGGUCUGGCAAGAGGUUAUAUGAUAGCUGGCAUAAUAAUAACCACAUCACUUUCAGUGGUUAUCUACUGUUUCCCUUAAGAUAACAGGAGCUUUGAAGAAUGUGAUUUCAAUGAUUCUGAACCUUCAGCAUAUGAAUUAAAAUGAAAAUCAUGAAGAAUGAUUAACAUAUAACCUUAAUGUCUUAAUGAGGACUAAUGUGUGUUUGAAGUUUGCAGUAAAUUACUGUAUAAAGUCAGUAUAAUACACUAUAUUCAUAAGUUCUGAUCUGUCUAUACAUGUAAGUUUGUAUAAAGAGUUUCAGCGCUGAGACAGACAGGACCCAUGAAUAUCACAUGUGACUCAAAAGUGUUUUGUUAAAUCAAUGAAUCUAGAAUGUUAAAUAAUAAAUAAUAAAGUGUAUCUU